UCGGACAAACUAUCAUCUAUGGAGUAAAGAGUAGAACGCUAAGAUGUAUGUGUGUAUCAGACUUCAAAUCACAACAAUGAUGAAGCAGGUUCACUGUAAUAUACUGUAUAAUGUACUCUAAAUCUAAACUAAGUUUGUGUGUGUGGCUGUGUUGCCCCUACAGACCAGCAAAAGGCAAACUGUCACACGAGAGAAACAGGUUUUUUUAGAAAGUGUUGUAGAUGCAGGUGUAGAGUAUGAUGCACUGUAAAGGGGGAGGGAGGAGGUACAACAUGGACAGAUAAAACCCUUGUAUGACUCAGAGGUUGGUCAGAAGGCUGCAUGUGUGAGCAGCUUCUCCUCCUCUGUCCAGUGAUGGAGACACUGAAGGACGUUAAACUGUGCUUUCCACAGCUCAACACUUCUUGCAAAAAGCACAGUCGCACUCACACUGAGGCAAUGCUCAUUUACACUCUGCCGCCGUCCAUGUCUGUGCUCACUGCAGUUCUCAACCUGCUGGUCAUCAUCUCUAUCUCUCACUUCAGGCACAGAAUAAUGUCUAAUCAGACUAUAGACCAUUAUCCUCUUCUUUAAUUAUAAAUGACUCUGUACUUUUCUGUCGUUAUAAAAUUAUUGGCGUUUGUAAUGUUCACAGUGAUGCUGUUCUCUCCCUCCAGGCAGCUCCACACUCCCACCAACCUCCUCCUCCUCUCUCUGGCUGUCUGUGAUUUCCUAGUUGGACUUUUCGUGAUGCCAUUUCAAAUCCUUUUAUCAGAACCCUGCUGGUUUCUAGGUGACCUGUUGUGCGCUCUGUUUAAUUUGGUUUCUAUUUUUACUGUCUCUGCCUCAGUGAUUAUCAUGGUGCUGAUCUCAGUUGAUCGUUACGUCGCCAUCUGUCAUCCUCUGAUUUACCCCAACAAUAUUACAGAGAGAAGAAUUAGAAUCUCAGUUCUUUUGUCUUGGAUUUACUCUGUUCUCUACAGUCUUUUUAUUCUAAUUGAUAACCUGAAUCAAGCAGGCAGUUUUAACUCCUGUUAUGGUGAGUGUGUGAUUCGUGUAAAUGGAGCUGUUGAUCUAGUGAUAAGUUUCAUUGUUCCGAUCUCAGCCAUCAUCAUCCUGUAUAUGAGGGUGUUUGUGGUGGCUGUGUCUCAGGCUCGUUCCAUGCGCUCCCACACUAAAGUUGUGAAGCUGAGGCGUUCAGUAAAUGCGACUGUUCAGAGGUCAGAGCUGAAAGCAGCCAGAACUUUAGGUGUCAUCAUAGCUGUGUUUCUGAUGUGUUACUGUCCAUAUUAUUGUGUCUCUCUUUCGGGUGCUAGUCUAAUAGUUGGCUCACCCUCUGAGGUCCUCGUGGUUUUCUUGAUUUAUUUUAAUUCCUGUCUCAAUCCUGUGAUUUAUGCUUUUUUGUAUCCCUGGUUUAGAAAAUCAGUCAAACUCAUUGUUACUCUUCAGAUUUUAAGGCCUAACUCUUAUGCAGGUAACGUUAUUUAGUCCUUAGAAGCGGUGAUGUUUUCUUAUUGUUGUUUUCACAUCCCUCAAAUUUUAUUUACUGUCAUAAGCUCCACAGUCACAAAACACUUUCCUUCUAAUGUAAUUUUUUUAUAUAUUUUUUUUAAUAUUUUUAUUUUGAUACUAAUAAACUACAACACAGCCAGAAUUUGCUGUAAACUUGUUAAAGCGUUUUGACUGUAAUUUUUUUUUAAGUUUUUAGUCACCUAUUGACACGAUCGCAUGACAGACAUGUUAUAGAUGCUAAAUCCUCCCCUUGUUAUAGUGAAAUGGCAGGUGUUUCAUAGAUUUUAAUGCAUAGUCUACAUUUACUUGUACAAUAAUCCAUCCAUCCAUCCAUCCAUUCAUUUUCAUCCGCGCUCCUCCCGGGUGAGCUCCUCACCUUAUCUCUAAGGGAGCGCCCAGCCACCCUACGGAGGAAGCUCAUUUUUAGCCGCUUGUAUCCGUGACCUUGCCCUUUCAGUCAUGACCCAAAGCUCGUGAACAUACUGUAGGUGAGGGUAGGAACAUAGAUUUACCGGUAAAUUCAGAGCUUUGCCUUUCGGCUCAGCUCACUCUUCACCACGAUGGACCGGUACACCGACCAUAUUACUGCAGCCGACGCACCGAUCCGUCUGUCAAUCUCAUGCUGCUUCCUUUCCGCACUCGUGAACAAUACCCCAGGGUACUUGAACUCCUCCACUUGGGGCAGGAACUCUCCUCCAACCUGGAGGGAGCAAACCUCCUUUUUCCGGUCAAGAACCAUGGCCUCAGAUUUGGAGGAACUGAUUCUCAUCCCAGCCGCUUCAUACUCAGCUGCAAACCACACCAGCACACGCUGAAGGUCCUGGCCUGAUGAAGGUCCUGGCCCGAUGAAGCUAACAGGACAACAUCAUCUGCAAAAAGCAAAGAUGAUAUCCUGUGGUCCCCAAACCAGACCCCCUCCGCCUAAAUAUUCUGUGCAUAAAAAUAAUUAACAGAACCGGUGACAAAGGGCAGCCUUGCCGAAGUUCAACAUGCACCUGGAAAAGGUGUGACUUACUGUCAGCAAUGCGAAACAUACUCCUGCUCCGGUUGUACAGAGGCCGAACAGCCCUUAACAAAGAGCCUCGGACUCCAUUCUUUCGGAGCACCCCCUACAGGAUCUUAUGAGGGAUGCGGUUGAAUGCCUUCUCCAGAUCUACAAAACACAUGUAGACUGGUUGGGAAAACUCCCACAAACCCUCAAGCACCCUGUUGAGGGUAUAAAGCUGGUCAAGCGUUCCACGACCAGGCCAAAAUCCACAUUGUUCCUCCUGUAUCCGAGGUUCGACUAUCGGCCUAAUUCUCCUCUCCAGUACCCUGGCAUAGACUUUCCCAGGGAGGCUGAGAAGUGUGAUCCCCCUAUAGUUAGAACACACUCUCCUGUCUCCCUUUUUGAGAAGAGGGACAACCAUCCCGGUUGUCCAGUCCAGAGGAACUGUCCCCCUCGUCCACGUGAUGUUGCAGAGGCGUGUCACCCAAGACAGCCCCACAACAUCCAGAGACUUGAGGUACUCAGGACGGAUCUCAUCCACCCCCGCUGCCCUGCCACCAAGGAGCUUACAGACUAUCACGAUGAACUCAGCCUGGGUGAUGGGCGAGUCCGCCUCUGAGUCCCCUUCCUCUGCUUCCUCAGCAGAAGGCAAGUCGAAGGGGUUGAGGAGAUCCUCAAAGUACUCCUUCCUCCAUCCAAUAACAUUCCCAUUUGAGGUCAACAGCUCCCCACCUCCAUUGAAAACAGAGUUGGUAAAGGACUGCUUUCCCCUCCUGAGGGGCCAAA